UUACGACUCCAUCUUCGGAGAUGGAUGAUCAGCAAACACCAGCACCUGCUCCGAGUGGGUUCAGAUCUGACGAGUCGGUGGCGUUGCGUAACUGGCAACUCGCUAAUGGAGUGGUUAUCAUGGAUUCUGCCUACGAGUAUGACGAAGUGGAACAGAAUGAGAUGCGCUCUGCAAAGCCCUGGCAGAAGGAUCCUUACUACUUCAAGGAGGUAAUGGGACUUAUGCAAGGUCGAGUGGAUGGAAAUGCUUUCAUUAUUAUGGACACAUUUGCUUUACCGGUAGAGGGAACUGAGACAAGGGUGAACGCACAAGCACAGGCCUAUGAAUACAUGUCGGUUUAUACAGAUCUCUGCGAAGCUGAAGGCAAGAAAGAGAAGGUUGUUGGCUGGUACCAUUCACAUCCUGGCUACGGUUGUUGGCUUUCAGGGAUCGACGUUGCAACGCAAGCAUUGAAUCAACAAUUUCAAGAGCCGUGGGUUGCUAUAGUUGUCGAUCCUCUACGAACAAUGAGUGCUGGCAAAGUGGGUUUGUGGAGUGGGUAUUGUUACCAAGCAGUUUUACCAUUUCUCAGUGCUCAGGUAGAAAUUGGAGCCUUCCGUACAUAUCCGCAAGGUUACCAACCACCAGUGGAAGAGAGCCCUUCGGAGUAUCAAUCAAUUCCGUUGAGUAAAAUUGAAGAUUUUGGUGUACACUGCAAGCAGUACUACUCUUUGGAUGUGAAUUUCUUCAAAUCUGAGUUAGAUUCUUACAUUUUGUCGGCUUUGUGGAAUACGUAUUGGCUCGAUACAUUGAGCAGCUCGCCGUUGUUGACCAAUGCAGGGUACAUUAGUAACCAGAUUAAUGACUUAAGUAUGAAAUUGAAGCAGGCUGUAAAGGACGCGCACACUGUAUGCGGUGAAUUGUCUUGUGGUGUGCUGAUGCAGCAUCUAAAACGGGCUAUGUUCAAUCGUGGUGAAACUUAUGACCCGAAUGCAGAGAUGAGAGUUGACGACGAGCCUAUUCCUGACAUAGUUGCGGACGACGUAGUACCUCCUGCUUCGGUUGAAGACGUGGAAUUUUAUGACGAAAUUGUUUUGGUUGAAGCUGUUAACUAG